UUGCUUCCCUGCAGAAAAUGAUGGGGAAGUAAAGGAAAGUUGAAGAGUUGUCAUGCACCUCUCCCAGGCAGCAUGGGUGCCUUGUUUCCAUCGCCCGGAACAAGCUGGCAGAGAGGGUGAGUCCUCUCCAGAGUUUACUUUUGGAUGAAAGCAUGCUCUCUUUCCAGUAGAAGAUGGUGACCCUGGAGUAUGAUCAUGGAGAAGGGGAUGAGUUCAGUGGAAGUGUUACCUUCCAAAUCAUCCCAGGUUACAGCUGUAAAGGUGAUGGUGAAGGAGCAUGAAACAAAAUUGAUCCAAAAAGGGAAACCAGUGGGAUUUGUGCUUGUACAUGCAGGUGCAGGUUAUCAUUCUGAAUCCAAAGCUAAAGAAUACAAACAUGUUUGCAAAAGAGCCUGUCAAAAGGCAAUUGAAAAACUUCAGGCUGGUGCUCUUGCAACUGAUGCAGUGACUGCGGCACUAAUUGAACUAGAGGAUUCCCCCUUUACAAAUGCAGGAAUGGGAUCUAACCUAAACCUUUUGGGUGAGAUAGAAUGUGAUGCCAGUAUAAUGGAUGGAAAGUCAUUAAAUUUUGGAGCAGUUGGAGCACUGAGUGGAAUCAAGAAUCCUGUUUCAGUUGCAAAUAGGUUGUUGUGUGAAGGGCAGAAGGGAAAACUCUCUGCUGGCAGAAUUCCACCUUGCUUUUUGGUUGGUGAAGGAGCUUACAGAUGGGCAGUUGAUCAUGGGAUACCAGCAUGUUCACCAGGUAUCAUGACUACAAGGUUUAGUUUAGCAGCUUUUAAGAGGAACAAAAGGAAGCUGGAGUUGGCAGAAAAGGUGGAAACAGAUCUUAUUCAGCUAAAGAAAAGAAGACAAUCAAGUGAAAAGGAGAAUGACUCAGGAACACUGGAUACAGUUGGUGCAGUCGUUGUUGACCAAGAAGGAAAUGUUGCUGCUGCUGUCUCCAGUGGAGGCUUAGCUUUGAAGCAUCCUGGAAGAGUUGGUCAGGCAGCUCUUUAUGGAUGUGGCUGCUGGGCUGAAAAUAUUGGAGUUCAUAAUCCUUAUUCCACAGCUGUGAGUACUUCAGGUUGUGGAGAGCACCUUGUAAGGACCAUACUGGCCAGAGAAUGUUCACGUGCUUUGCAAACAGAAGAUGCCCACCAGGCUCUGCUAGAGACUAUGCAAAACAAGUUUAUUAGUUCACCUUUUCUAGCCAAUGAAGAUGGUGUACUUGGUGGAGUGAUAGUUCUUCGAUCUUGCAGAUGUUCUGCAGAGCCUGACUCUUUACAAGAAAAGCAGACUCUACUAGUGGAGUUCUUGUGGAGUCAUACAACAGAGAGCAUGUGUGUAGGAUAUAUGUCAGCACAGGAUGGGAAAGCCAAGACUCACAUUUCGAGACUUCCUCCUGGAGCUGUGGCAGGGCAGUCUGUGGCAAUCGAAGGAGGAGUCUGUCGGCUGGAGACCCCAGCAAACUGAACAGCUUACUCCUCAGCUCAGUACAGAGAAUGUGAAUGACGUUUUGUACAAUAAGAUCUUUUGUGUUUUAACAGAUGUUGGGAAUUUUUCUCUCAUUUUAUACUCUUUAUUGCAACCACAUGCACCAUAACUUGAGAUAAGUGCUGCUGUUAUUUAUACUCAUUCUGUGCGAAGGGGUGUGUGCAUGCUCAUUUUUCUCCCAAACAAAUCAGAACUCUUCUUAGUUGUGUAGGUGAAGAUAAUGUAUGAUGAAUGUUGCAUUUAAAUUUUCAUUGUUUACAGUUUUAAAAUAAUGCCCUAAAACAACAGAAAAAAACUAAUUGAAAGAUGUGAUAGUAACUAUCAUUCGUGUUCUAAAUUAGGAAGUAACGGGCCUCAGAGGUAGUUGUGUAGUAAUGCAAAAGUGAUUGUGGUUUGUACAUUUCUUUUAAGUUUAAGUGGAUCCAGUGGUGACUUAAACACUGCUUCUUCAUCCCCUAUGUGGGGCAUUUUUCUUUGACAAAGAAUGGUUUCAGUGAAACAAUCUAGAGCAGAAUUAUGGCCAGAAUUGUUUUUAAAUAGUCUUAUAAUAUAAGUUGUAUCUCUCUUCCCAAGCUAAGAUGUUACAUAGCUUCAAGCUGUAUGUAUUACAAAAAAGCUAUAUAAAGAUAAUGUACCGUAAUGCAGUCUUUACUUUGUGUAUAAUGGAAUAUUACAAUGUAAAUAAGAAAACAAAGUUUAUGGAAAGAUUCAAUGCUAUUCUUUGUUUCUUGUUUAAAUAUAUAUUUUAAGAAAAAGGUACAGAAAUAAAUGAGCAUAUUACUGUAUGCUAAGUAUGUGUAUUAUUAUUGAAAGAUCUGAUAGUAGCCCUCUUCUUGAAAAAGUGACUUCCUCAAAGUUCACUUACAGCAUGUGUGUAUGUAUACUAAUGUGUGUAAUAUGUAUGCAUUAUGCAUACAUUUACUGUAAUAUUUUUCCCACAUAUUCUAAAAAGUUACAUAUUCAUAUAACUAUGUAGGCCACAACUGCCUUGUAAGUAUAAACAGUCAGUUAUCUCUGUACACCAGUUCUGAUAUUUUAGCAAAUCAUUUGAGUUCUGAAGAUGAGUUCUUAAGUUUCAAACAUCCAUUCAGUAUUCUUCUUCCUGUUGGCAAUGACAGCACCAUAAGAUUUUUGUAAUGACCAACUUUUGUUCAAUGUCUUGUAGAUAGGCCAAAGAGAAGCAACGGUAGUUUAUAUCUUUUUUUUUUCUGUUCAAAUUUGAUAACAGAAAGUAGAUACUCCAUUUUACCUUUUUCCAGAAGUACAGGAUACGUAUAUAGUCCAAUAAGAUAUAGUUCACCCAACAGUGUACUCACCUCUUUAUUUUGUAUUGUUGUGCCUGCUUAUAACAGAAAUGCCUGAUUCUGAUUAAAUGGUUGCAUUGAUUAUGAUAU